ACGGAGAAAGAAAGGGAUCUGGGCUGCAGUUUGGUUUAGAUCUGAGUAGAGAAGCAGGAGCCACCGGAUUGAUCCUCCUUCAUGUUUCCAAUUUCAGCUCGCAUGGAUAUUUUGUUGGGAUUGUAAUAAUAAAAAAAAAAAAAAAAAGUGCAGAAGAAAUGCACUGACAUCUACCAAGAAGACGACACGGAUCCUGAUUUCUAUAGUGCAUUUUCUUUUUGGAUUAAAUCGCCUCCGAAGUACCUCAUGCUCUGUGUGCCGGUGUACAAAGUAGAUCUGAGCUUGUUGUUAAAAGUCCCAACCUGUUCCUCUUCUGCGCGUUUUUUGCCGAUUGAAGGCUGCUGGCUUUUGGAUUAUGUUUCUAAGUAUAUUACGUUAUGUUAUUAUGUAUCCUACUUGUUUUACUCGCUUGUAACAAACACAUAAACACGCAGCUUGCUUUAUUUCCACAGUAUAGUCGUCUAAAUGAAUGCAUAGUGAGCGUAAUGCUGCAGCAGUGUAGUUUAUUGUUGCGUUAUUUUGUUGUAAAUGCAACAAAUUCAGUCUAAUGUUGCGGUUUUGCCACCACUGCUCGUCGUCAGUCGGCUGUGCAUGCUUUGCACGGCGUUUCACAGACAUUAAUGUUUUGCAACGACGAACGCAGGAGUAUCUGUAAUAUUCGGAUAUAAGAAUAAUAUAAAAAAAAACAAAAACAACAAACCCUCAUAUCAGAUUGUCAAGUUGUCGUAUGUUCAGGACGAAACGCUCAGGUCUUGUGCGGCGACUCUGGAGAAGCCGUUUGAUCCCAGAUAGAGAAGGGGAAGAUGGAAAUGGCAAAACUAGUAGUGAGGAAAACAACCCAGAGAAGAUUCCCAAAAGGGAGCAGCUCGCACCGAUGACCCCCAGUAGCGGCUCUCUCGUGGGGCACAUCGGAGGAGGAGGAGGGGAUGUGUGCAGCAGCCGGAGCCCCGUGGAGAGCAGCCUCCUGCGGGUCACCUCGGACCAACACGGGGGUGGUGCUGUGUGCGUCCAGGAGGAGCAUGGGAGCCCCAGAUCCAUGCAUCAGGACAGAGAGUGCAGGACAGUGACGUGCUGCUUAUUUAAAGACCGGGACCAGCUCAGGAGUCCUCCGGAGACUCAGUGUCACUUCGCGUUGAGGACGCUUGGACCGCCACAGGAGAGCUCUCUGCAGGAGGAGAUGCAGGAGCCGGUGCUGGAGCAGGAGCUGAAAGCAGCCACAUACUCUCUGCUGAAGAGGCUCAAGGAGAGGGCGCUGGAUACCUUACUGGAGGCGGUGGAGUCCAGAGGAGGCAUGCCCAGCGACUGUGUUAUGAUAGCCCGGACAGAGCUGAGGUUGGGCGGCCAUGUGGCGUCUCCGCAGCUCCUCGUGUGUAAACUGUACCGCUGGUCCGACCUGCAGCACCCAGUUCAGCUCAAACCGCUCUGUGAGUGUAAGAGCUUUGGGGAGGUGGAUAGUCCGACAGUCUGCUGCAAUCCAUAUCACUACAGCCGGCUCUGUGGGCCAGAGUCACCCCCACCUCCUUAUUCGAGGCUUUCCCCUAAUGAAGAACACAAGCCACUGGAUCUGUCAGACUCCACAUUGUCUUACACUGAAACCGAGGCAGCCAGCUCACCAAAUAUCACACCAGGGGAAUUCUCAGAUGCCAGUAUGUCGCCUGACGCCCCGAAGCAGAGCCACUGGUGCAACGUGGCGUACUGGGAGCACCGCACACGCGUGGGUCGCCUCUACACAGUGUACGAGCACUCCGUCAGCAUCUUCUAUGAUCUACCUCAGGGCACGGGCUUCUGCCUGGGCCAGCUCAACCUGGAGCACCGCAGCAGCACCGUUCAGCGCACACGAGGCAAAAUCGGCUACGGCAUCCUCCUCAGCAAAGAGCCGGACGGCGUGUGGGCGUACAACCGCAGCGAGCACCCCAUAUUUGUCAACUCCCCGACCCUGGACGUGCCUAACAGCAGAACUCUGGUGGUGCGGAAGGUGAUGCCGGGCUACUCCAUCAAGGUGUUUGACUAUGAGCGUUCGUGCCUCCUGAGGCACACCACAGACGUUGACCUCUUGGACGGACCCUACGACCCCAACAGUGUGCGCAUCAGCUUUGCGAAGGGCUGGGGCCCCUGCUACUCAAGACAGUUCAUCACCUCCUGCCCCUGCUGGCUGGAGAUCCUCCUCAACAACCAUAGAUAACACAGACGGACCCCACAAACUAUCCCAAAUAUCAUCUACCUAGAUUUAAUAUAAAGUUUUAUAUAUUAUAUGAAAUAUAUAUUAUACUUGUAAAUACGGAGUCAUUUUUACAAUGUAAUUAUUUAUGUAUGGUGCAAUGUGUAUAUGGACAAGAGGAAAAAAAACGGAAAAUGCACUUUGGCUUAUAUAUAUUAUAUAUAUAAAUAUAUAUAAAGAUAAAGAAUCUUUCAAUACCAACUUGAGAAAUUAUACAGCAAAAUUAGGAUGAGCCUGGAUUUGGUGUAUAGUUUUCAUAUACUAUUAAUAUCCAGACAAAAAGCUAACACCAUUCACACAUUGAUAAUAAAGUAUUCGCAUAAUAAUU